GUCACAGCUUGGGAGAGUCGGAGUGCUGGGCAGCACUGUGUGUGACUGUGCUCUGUUCCCCGUGCGUGAAACAGACCGCCUGAAAUUGAGGAGUGUGGCACUGACUGGGGGGGAACCUCACUCUCUGUCUGGGGGGUUGAAAGAGGUUAAACUCCUUAAUUUUGUUGUUUCUCUCCGGGGGAUGUCACGGUGUGGAGCUCUGGAGUCUCACGCUGAGUUCGCCCAGUUGCUGUGCGCGGAGCCGGCCCGGAUCCAGCAGACGGUGGACGGUCUGCUGCUGGACCUGCACCGGGACAAGGAGAAGCUGGUCCGCUCUUUCCUGGACUAUCCCAGCAGCCAGGAGUUGCUCCUGGCUCUUUGCAGGUCCCUGACACCGGGGGAGACGCGCCUCUGCAGUAAUGUGGCAUACAUACUGGGCACAAUUGCGGAAAAUGAGGUGGGCGCUCGGAGUUUGGUGACAUUGGCACAGACUCAGCUGCUGGAUUCUGAUAAUCUUCUCGGCAACCUGAAUUCCAUGUUAACGUGGACAGAUAGUGAAGCAGUGAUGAAUGCUGCUGGGACACUCUGCACCAUGGUUGAGACCAAUGAAGGCCGACAGUGGCUACUGAAUGACCCUCACCUGGAGGAGGUACUGGUCAAUGUAACUGCUCUGCUGGACACUGUGAAUGAGUGGGCAGCCAGCAAUGCUGUCCUGGUAUUGGCAAGGAUUGCUAUCUGCGAGUCUGGCUGCAGGAAGCUCUUGGAGCAACCGAGCUCCGGGCACAUGCUCCGCAAGCUGGUCGCCGCUCUGGGUGUGGAUGAAGCAGGCUGCGGAACAAGUGCUGCUUUUGCUCUUGGACGCCUCUGUGACCUGGAUGUAGGCCGCCAGCAGAUCCUCGAAAUGGAGGAGGCUCCCAAUAUGAUCACGAAACUAGAGAAGAUGAUGGCAGACGGAGAUACUGGAGGAAGCAAAAAUGCCUGCUUUGCACUGAGUUGCCUGGCAACGGACAAAGAUGGCCACGCUCAUAUCCUGAAGAACCCUACCUUCCCAGAAAUACUCAACACCCUGUGUACAUUAUUGGCAUCCAAAGAGCAGGAGUCAGCUUGGUUUGCUGCCAUGACACUGAAAGUGCUAGGCAGCCAUCCAAAGGGAGUUGUGAAACUGAGAGAGCACCCCAAAAUAUCAGCACUUUUAAAGACUGUGGCCUGCUCUCCCACUGCUGGCAAGGACCUGCUGGAGGAAGUGGACUUCACCCUGAAGAAGCUGCAGCCACUUUCCAAGCCUUCUCCUCCCCGUGUUGACGUGAUCAAGAUCAAUUCAAUUCAAAUUACUUGGAGUCGCCUUAUACUGGACAGUGGGCUGGAGGUGACAUACAGCUUGUUCGAUGGUGAUAAGCUACUGUACAAAGGUCCUGACUGCAGCUAUGUUCUAGCAGAGGUCAAACUGUGCAAAGUGUAUGCUUUCAGGCUCCAUGUUUCCACCGAGGGAGAUGACGGUCUCUACAGUGACACUACCACAGUGACUGUUGAAGAGUCAGUGCCAAGCUGCCCACGUGAUUUUCGGGUGAUAGGCUGUACUCCCACACAAUUGAAGCUGGCAUGGAUCGCACCAGCUGAGCCCAAUGGCAUCAUAAAGUGUUACAUGGUGUACAAAAGCAACACGAUGAUCGAAAUGACAUCAGAGCGUAGCUGCAUUGUCAGUGGCCUUACACCUUCAAAAUCCUACGUGUUCCAUGUGUGUGCCAGCACGAGCAAAGGGAAAGGGGCCAAGUCCUGCCUUGUAGCGAGCACCGCUGAUCCCGGUGACCACGCUCCCAGCAAGCUGACUCUCAAUGUCCUGGGGAGGAACGAGAUGUUCAUCACCUGGGACAUGCCCGAGGUGUCCCUCGGACGCCUCUUCAACUUUGAACUGUGCAUGAACGGGAGGGUGGUGUACCUGGGUCCAGACCGCUCCUUCACCGCGAGGCGCCUGACUGCAAACACUGAAUAUACCUGCACUGUCAGUGCUAUCACCAGCGAGGGGAAAUGUGAGAGCAAACCAGUAAUGAAGAAGACAGCCAAGGAUGAGUAUGAAAAUACAACCAGGUGUCUCUAUUCCCCUGCUCGGAUGAGCCAACCACUUGCUUCACCUUCAUCUAAAGAUGUUUCGGAACUAGCUGAAAGGCUCAGGAGGACCAGAACUCAGCUAGGAAUUUAUAAGGAGCAGUCCCCAGGAAAAACACUGAAAACUCAUCAUACCUUGAACAAAGGGAAUCUGAAAGGAAUCCACAAGCAGCGUGAUAGUGACGUAACGUCCAAAGCUGUUACACAACAUAAAUACCGAUCUUGAUUCGAAUGUUUUCAGAAGUAAUUUUUUGCCACUUGAAGUGCUUUCUCCAUCCAUAUAUAUGUAUUUCAAGAAUCGGUGAUAAUGGGAACUGCAGAUGCUGGAGAAUCCAAGAUGAUGA